AUGGCAGCAAUAGGGAAUCCCGACGAGGAGCGCCUCGGUGAGCAUGCACCUUUGCUCGACCAUGAGCGAGCGGACGACGACCGCACACCAGCGCGCAAAGGCCACGAGAAGACGGCCCGCCGGUUGUAUCUGUCGCAUUUCCUGUCAACAUGGAACUCGCGCGUCUUUGAGUUCGGCGCCGUCAUCUACCUGGCCACAAUCUUUCCAGACACAUUGAUGCCCAUGUCAGUGUAUGCCUUCAUCCGUGGGCUUUCCGCCAUCGUCUUUGCCCCGGCCAUCGGCCAGUUCAUUGAUACGGGGAAUCGCUUGCGCGUGGUUCGCAUCUCCAUUGGUAUAUAUUUUCCGCUCCUUUGCCUUGAACAAGCUUUGGUGGCUGACUUUGAUGACACAGUCUUCCAGCGCAUCGCCGUGGCCAUCUCCUGCGCCGCCUUCUACGUCCUUGUGCUCGGGCUGCCCCUGGGUCGUGCUGGCGAAGCGGGUGUGCUCGUGAUCCUCUCUCUCUUUGCAUGCGUCGAGAAGAUCUGCUCCAUCAUGAACAUGGUGGCAGUGGAGAAGGAUUGGGUCGUCGUUGUGGCAGACGGCGAUCAGGAUGGCAUGAUGCGGAUGAACUCGCAGAUGCGUCGCAUCGAUCUGUUUUGCAAGCUGCUAGGACCCUUGUUCAUUGCCAUGAUCGAAGGCGUCUCGGUGCAACUGGCUCUCAUCGUCAACCUUGCCAUGAACAUUGCGUCCGUCGUGGCCGAGUACCAUGCCAUAGCACGGGUGUACAAUGAUGUUCCCGCACUCCAGGAGCCCAAGCAGGCCUCGGGAGAAGAAUCGACAAUCGCAGAGUCUUCAGGAGACUCGCAAACCCGCCUUGGGUCGUUGCUAGGCUACUUGCGACGCAUGGCGAAGCAGUCUUUCGCCGACUUUCGCCUCUACUUUCGCCAUCGCGCAUUCCUGCCGUCCAUCGCUGGCGCCUUUCUCUACCUGACCGUCCUCAACUUUGCCGGCCAGAUGAUCACGUAUCUGCUGUAUACCGGCUUGACCGCCACGGUGAUCAGUCUCGCGAGAACACUGGGUGUGGCGUUCGAGGUCUUGGCCACGUGGGUGGCCCCUUGGUUGAUGGGACGCAUCGGGCCGGUCAGGGCAGGUUUGUGGAUGAGCAUCGCCCAAGUCACCAUGCUCGUCGCAGGCUUCGCCGUCUUUUGGGUCUUCGAGGCGGAGCGGCCUCUCCUCUCGACAGCGGGCCUUGUCGGCGGCACGAUCCUGAGCCGACUGGGCUUGCGCGGCUUCGACAUGUGCUCGCAGAUUAUCGUGCAAGAGGACGUCGAGCCCGAGAGUCGCGGCGUGUUUUCCACGGUCGAAGCGGCGUGGCAGAAUGCCUUUGAGCUUCUCUCCUACAUGGCCACCAUUUACUUCUUCCGCCCGGAGCAGUUCAGGUGGCCGUCCCUGAUCUCCGUCGCCGCCGUUGCGUCGGCGAGCGCGACGUACACGGUCUUUGUGUACAUUCGCAGGGGUCACUUGCUGCAUCUUGAUGCGCUGGCUGGGCUCCUGGGCAGCCGAAGGGCGAAGCAGAGGCAGAGGGAAAGGGCGCUUGGUCGCAUCAUGGCGAGAUCUGAUCUGUAG